CACCGGGACAUAAUAGUUGAUGACGUGACAUAACGACGUGUCGUACUGAUCUAUAUAAGGCCGGAAUUGAGAUGAAGAUAACAAACGACAAAAUGAUUCUGCGCGUAGGUGUCGUUUUUGUAGCGCUUUUUGCGAUCGUAAAUACUAAAUCUGUAAAUAAUUAUGAAAAUGCCAAACAUGAAGUGGAGGAGUACAUAUUAAAUAAGAAGAAAGAAAUAAACCUCCAGUACAAACUGCACUACCAUGUCACUCCACCGGUCGGCUGGAUGAAUGAUCCCAAUGGGUUCUCUCAUGUCAACGGAGAGUACCACCUGUUCUACCAAUUUUAUCCCUACGACAGUGUUUGGGGUCCCAUGCACUGGGGACACGUGGCCAGUCCGGAUCUCGUGCAUUGGAAGCAGCUCCCCACGGCUCUGAUACCAGAAGAUGAGCAGUGUUUCUCUGGGAGUGCUUUUAGUUACGAUGAUAAGAUGGUGCUCAUGUACACCGGACGAAGAGUCUCGGAGGAGGACCCAUAUUUCAAUGAAACUCAGUACCUUGCGUUCAGCGACGACGGGAUUAAUUUCUAUAAAUACGAUGGAAACCCCGUGCUCUCUAUGACGCCGAAUAAUGCAGCCGACUUCCGCGACCCUAAAGUUUGGCAACACGGUGAUUACUAUUACGUUAUCCUCGGCAGCAAAACAGACGACGAGAGAGGAAGGGUUCUCCUGUACAGAUCGAAAGACGUGAUCAAUUGGGAGUUUUUGAGCGUUCUCGGCGAAUCGAAGGGAGACCUCGGCUACAUGUGGGAGUGCCCAGACUUUUUCGAGCUCGACGGUAAGUUCGUUUUGCUCAUGUCGCCCCAAGGAGUAGAACCAGAAGGUGACAGGUACAAAAAUAUUUACCAAACCGGCUACAUAAUCGGCGAUUUUGAUUACGAAACCUUUGAAUUUAAGCCUGAAGUAGAAUUUCAAGAAUUGGACUUCGGCCACGAUUACUAUGCGGCUUCGACGACUGAAAAUGAUGGGAGACGGUACGUGAUAGCUUGGUUUAAUACCUGGGAGAUUGUUCACCCUGAGGCGGAGGACGGCUGGGCGGGAGCCAUGACAAUAGUCAGAGAGAUGAAGUUAGUCAAUAAUCGUAUUUUAAUGACUCCGGUCGCCGACAUGGUAUCACUAAGAGAAGAACCGGGCACUCAGAAGGAGCUCCAACCGAAUGAAAAUAUGCAAUUUGGAAAGACAGUAGAAAUUAUUGUUGACGCUGAUCUCAAUCAGAAAAUUGAGCUGCAACUUGAUGGUGUCGAAGGCGGAGGGCAAGUCUGGUUAAGAUGGGACCCAGAAGUGGGUAAAGUAGUAGUAGACAGAGGAUCAGACGAUAUCAGACAAGUGGAAUGGGAGCCACUAGGAUCUCACUCUUGGAGAAUAUUCCUCGAUGCAAGCAGCUUGGAACUGUUCUGUGGUGAAGGAGAGGUGGUCUUUAGCAGUAGGGUGUACCCAUUAGGAGGAUGGAAGCUCAGGAAUUUGAGUCCCCAAACCGUUAAUAUUACGGCAUAUAACCUCCAAACGAGUGCACCGUUGUAAAAAUGUGAUAUUAGAAUGUA